CUAGUUAGUGCGUAUUUGGAAAGUAGUUGGCAACAUUAGCGUGCUGAGCAGUGUUGCUACUUGCGUCUUGCUGUCAUCAGUUGUCAUUUUCCUGGUUUUCACUAAUCACCUGUGCUAAUCACUUUCAACAUUUUUUGGAGGUUGUUAUUACAUAAUUUCAAUAGCAGAAUGGCCGGUGCAGAAAAUGUUGAUGAAUCCCAAUUAAAAGGACUUUCGAAAUACUUUAACAGUACUACAAAUAAAGGCAGAGCCAAUUCAGCGAAGGCAACAUAUGCUGUCUUUGGCUUGAUAGCGUUAUACUUCGCAAUGAAACCGAAAUCAAAAAAAUAGAACAAAAAAUAUUAGCUAUGCCUCAAUUUUUAUUUAAGCUCAUUCUUUAAGAGAAAUGUUUAAUAAUUUAGUGUGAAUAAAUAAAUCAUGUGAAAUUCCAAACA